AUGGCGACACAAGCGAAACGAGCCAAGGUGUAUGUGAGUAAAGAGGGAACAGCAGCAGAAUAUGGGAUGCUGGCGAAGGAUGACAUAGAGGAGGGGGAGGUUUUAUUCACUAUUCCCAGAUCUGCACUUCUUCACCAAGGAACAACCAAGGUGUCUGCUCUGCUGGAGCAAGAGAAGGCUUCCCUGGAGAGUUCAUCAGGCUGGGUUCCUCUGCUGCUGGCUCUGCUGUAUGAAUAUACAUCCUCGCAGUCCCGCUGGAGACCCUACCUCUCACUCUGGAAGGACUUCAGGACACUGGACCACCCCAUGUUCUGGUCUAAAGAGGAGCGGGACAGACUGUUGAAGGGAACAGGUGUUGCUGAGGCGGUGGACACAGACUUGACUAACAUCAAGAAAGAAUACACAGAUGUGGUGCUGCCCUUCAUCGCCAGGCACCCUGACCUCUGGAACACCGACAAACACACACUGGAGCUGUACAUGCAGCUGGUGGCCUUCGUCAUGGCCUACAGUUUCCAAGAGCCACAGGAAGAGGAGGAGGAGGAGGAGGAGGAUGGUGAGGAUGAUGAGGAGAAGGCCGCCAACCUACCGAUGAUGGUCCCCAUGGCCGACAUGCUCAACCACGUGUCCAAUCACAACGCUAAUCUGGAGUUCACACCGGACAGUUUGAAGAUGGUGUCCGUUCGGUCCAUCCGUAGAGGCGAGGAGGUAUUCAACACCUAUGGGCAGAUGGCCAACUGGCAGCUGCUGCACAUGUACGGCUUCACAGAGCCGUAUCCGAGCAACAGCAACGACACCGCCGACAUCCCCAUUGACACCCUCCACAAAGUCGUCUUGCAAGGUGUUCAGUCAAAUUUGGACCGGCAGCUGGUGGAGGAGAAGUGGGAGAUGCUGUGUGAGAUGAUGCAGGAGAAAGCAGCGUUUGUGUUUGGCAGACAGGGCUGCCUCACAGACACAGAGCUACACACUGUCAUCAAGGUGCUGUGCAUGUCAAAAGAGGAGUUCUCAGAUUUCAAAGAUAACGAAGGGUGGGAGGAAGAGGAGGAUGACGAGGAAGAUGCAAAGAUUUCCCAGUCUUUCUCCAACGAGGGGCUCCCCGAAUUAAAGGCCGAGUGGAAGCGGCUGAUCCACGAAGCGGCUCGUCUGACUGUGAGCUCCUAUGGUCAAGGGGCGGACGGCGACCAGACUCUGAUGGAGGACAAGGCAGCACGUGCAGCACUGAGCAGCAGGCAGCUGAACGCGCUGCAGGUACGCUACGGACAGAAGAGCAUCCUGUACAGACUGAUGGAGCUCACUAAGUCAUGAGGUCACCUGUGACAGAGACCAUU